GCUGUUGGUGUGGCCAUGGUUCUAAUACUGUUGGUGGCCAUUCCCCUGCUGGUCCACACAACCAAAGGGGGCACCACUGGAAGUACGGGGAGCCAUUAUGAGAUGCUUGGAAGCUGCAGGAUGGUGUGCGACCCCUACGCUACUUCACAGCCAGGUCAAGAGCUGACAGCUGUGUCCCCACCCCCGCAGGAUUACACUGGAAAGAGGAUGAAGCCUGGACUACGAGGACCUCCGGGGAUCCCUGGCCCUCCAGGAGAGCGGGGACCCCCUGGAGAGCCAGGCAAAGCUGGGCCGCAGGGGCCACCUGGACCAGGCCCUGGAGGCUAUUCUCCUGCAAUCUACAUUCCCAAAAUUGCAUUCUAUGCAGGGCUUCGUAAGCAGCACGAGGGCAACGAAAUACUGAAAUUUGAUGAUGUGGUGACCAAUGUAGGGAACUACUACGAGCCCAGCACUGGCAAGUUCACCUGCCCCCUGCCUGGCAUCUAUUUUUUCACCUACCAUGUUCUAAUGAGAGGUGGUGAUGGGACUAGCAUGUGGGCAGACCUGAGGAAGAAUGGACUGGUGAGAGCAAGCGCCAUCGCUCAGGAUGCAGAUCAGAAUUACGACUACGCCUCUAACAGCGUCAUCCUGCAUUUGGACGUAGGUGACGAGGUGUGCGUGCAGCUGGAUGGAGGGAAGGUCCACGGAGGAAACCAGAACAAGUACAGCACCUUCUCCGGCUUCCUCAUCUACCCAGACUGAUUUGAAUUUGCAAAGAGUGAGGAACAAAACAACAACAUACAAACACACAAAGUGACACUCCAACAGAUAUGUACAGUAUGCAAAUGAAUGCACAUAACAUGGACACACAUGCAUGCAUUCAAGCAAACACACUCACACACACACAUUUGCACAGAGAUACCACAAGAUUGUUUCAAAGGAUUGAAUAAACAUGAGGUGUGAACCAAAUUACC